AUGCUUCGUUGUGUCAAACGCAAACCGAAUCGGAAUACUAUCGGCGAACGCAACGGUCUGGGCGAGAGAAAUUGUGCCACUUUGCCUCGGGAACGAACACACACGGACGAGGUAGACGCGGAUUUCGAGGACGGGGGCAAUGCCCGUGGACCGAACUCAGCCAAUCGACCAUCCCGGUGGUCGUUGUCGAAAAAAUCGGCCACUCUGUCCACAACCACCCCGUCAACCAGUACACAGUACACAAGAAGCGAGUCACGAUCGAGCAGUAAGAGCAAAGGUUUCAAUGUGUUUCGCGCCAGUAAUUGGCGAACGCUAUCCCUCAGUUCCCUAUUCUCACCGUCUCGUAAACGCAAACAACAACAACUACAACAGCAACAACAAACAGGGUCGGGAUCAGCCAGUUCAUCGGGCUUUGUCUCACCCACGGCUGAAACCGAACCAUUGACUGGAGCCAGUUCGUUGGAUCGAUCCACCAAACACAAGCGACCGGAGUCGAUCGAAUUGCAUUCAUUCUCCUCCAGGCAGACUAAGCCCUCGAGCAGUGGAAGUGAGGCAACCACACCGACAGGAAUGAAGACAGACACGAGUAAUCUGAUCGGACAAGAUGAACGAUUGCGUGAGAUGACCAAGAACGCGUGUGCUGAACUGAGCGAUACGUCUGAUCAUACACCGACAGAGCCUAUUGGGCCACCACUCGGGGUGGAUAGCACCACGGUAGACGGCUCUUGGCCGUUCGUGGACGCAAACGGAACACAUGGGACGACGACGACGACAAAGAAGAAGGAGGAGAAGGAAGACAAAAACAAGACGGACAAAUCGCGCAAACUACACUGGAUCGCCAGUACGGACAAAGCAACCGGGUUUCCGAUUGAACAGCCACCCAAACCAGAUAUCACACUGAAGAAAUCACAUGGCAACGAACGGGUGAGUGAUUCGAAGAAACAAAUUAACCUAUACUUUUAA